AUGGCGGAGGAGAGGAGAGUGUUGGAGGAGAAGUAUGCGGAGAUUAUAAGGAAGGAGAAGAGGGAGGAGGAGAGGAGGGUUAGUCAGGCGUUGUAUAUGGCGGAGGGGGAGGCCGCCAUGAAGCCUGUGGGGUUGGCGUUGCCGAUGAGGAAAUCGAGGAAUGGGAGGAUGCAGAAGGGGGAAUUUCAGAGGGUUUUGACGCCGAUUCCGCCGGAGAUGGGGACGGACAUGUUUUGA